AUGGGAAAGCAUAACAGCAAGCUGACUCCCGAGGUGAUGGAGGAUCUGGUGAAGAGCACAGAGUUUAACGAGCAUGAGCUGAAGCAGUGGUACAAAGGCUUCCUGAAAGACUGCCCAACUGGCCGGCUGAACCUGGACGAGUUCCAGCAGCUCUAUGUCAAGUUCUUUCCGUAUGGCGACGCAUCCAAAUUUGCACAGCACGCCUUCAGAACCUUUGACAAAAACGGAGACGGGACCAUUGAUUUCCGAGAGUUCAUCUGCGCCCUGUCCAUCACAUCUCGCGGCAGCUUCGAGCAGAAACUCAACUGGGCCUUCAACAUGUAUGACCUGGACGGUGACGGCAAAAUCACCAGAGUGGAGAUGCUGGAGAUAAUCGAGGCUAUCUACAAGAUGGUGGGCACUGUGAUCAUGAUGAAGAUGAACGAGGACGGUUUGACACCAGAGCAGAGGGUGGACAAGAUCUUCAGCAAAAUGGAUAAGAACAACGACGACCAGAUCUCGUUGGAAGAGUUCAAAGAGGCGGCGAAGAGCGACCCGUCCAUCGUGCUCCUGUUGCAGUGUGACAUGCAGAAGUGA